GUAAUUUCGGUUCGGUUUCCGGUUUUCGCAAAAAACCGAACCGAACCCACCCCUACCUCCAGCGCCAAGUCAGUCCAGGUGGUGUGUAUGUUCGGCCGAGAGAACUCAUUCAACCGCAGAAACACAACAGAAACGAGGCGUAAAGAAACGAUCGGAGGAAGUGGGAAAUGGCGAGCGCAGUGGACCCAGCAGGAGAUCCGAUACCAACAUCGGCUGUCCUGACGGCGGCGGCGAAGCACAUUCAGUUCAACUGCCAAGCGGAGAACGUGGCUUUUCUCAAGUGCAAGAAGAAGGACCCAAACCCUGAGAAGUGUCUCGACAAAGGUCGCCAAGUCACUCGAUGCGUUCUUACCCUGCUGAAAGAUCUUCAUCAGAGGUGCACGAAGGAGAUGGAUGGUUAUGUUGGAUGCAUGUAUUACAAUACAAAUGAAUUUGAUUUAUGUCGCAAAGAGCAAGAGGAAUUCGAGAAAAAAUGCCCGUUGGCUUAAAAACAUGUCCCUAGUCCCGCCAUUUCCACAAUAAUAGGUGCAGCGUGCAAUGAGCAAAUGGCGUUACGUACAAUUUCAAUGGAUCUUGUUUUUUGAUCUGAGCUAUUUUCAUCGUAUUUGUAUGUCGAAUUUUUGCUUGGGGAAUGCUCCUUUGAAACAUGAAGCAUGAUUGACUUCUGUUGCACUUGGAAUUGUUGUACCUUACAUGAUCCGAUGGCAACAGGGCAAUAGCAAAAUGAGUUUUACAUGCUUUGGAUCAUUAAAUUCUUCUCUACAUGUGAACUCAUGGUUCUUCAAAGUACCCUAUAUUCUGGAA